CUGUGCAGUUCAACUAUGUCUUUUCUCAGGACUGUUUUAAACGACUCUGUCGUCAUUCAUCCUCCAGGCUUCUAUAUCAUCGGAUUUCAGACGUUUCCCUACAUCAGUGUCUACUUCGUCUUUCUAGCGUUUGUUUAUGUUGUUACAGUGCUGUUCAAUGGUUUGGUGAUCUGCAUAAUUGCUUUUAAUCAUUGUUUGCACACUCCAAAAUUUUUGGCUGUUGUCAACCUCGCAGUAAUUGAUGUAAUCCUAAACACGUGUACUAUUCCCAGCAUGAUUAAGAUAUUUUUCAUUAAGGACAAUUUCAUCCCAUUCAACUUGUGUUUGGUACAAAUGUUUUUCUACUACACUUUUGGGACUUUGGAGUCAUAUGCACUUGCUAUACUUGCAUAUGAUCGGUUGAUCGCAAUAUGUUUCCCUCUGCGUCAAAACACAAUCAACACAAUGCAAAACAUGUCUUGUAUUGUCGGCCUGACUUGGUGUUUUUCUCUGGGAAUCACUGCAUUUGCAACAAGUAUAAUGACUCGACUGUCUUUUUGCAAAUCUCUGAGAGUGUUCAGCUAUUUCUGUGACUAUGCACCUGUGUUUAGACUCGCCUGUAAUGAUUACUCACUGCAGUGGUCUACAGCAUCUCUUCUCACUAUUUUGCUCCUUGUAGGACCCUUUACUUUUAUUCUUCUGACCUAUGUCAGCAUCCUGCUGACAGUGUUCAGGAUGAAAUCAUUGAACAAUCGGUUGAAAGCACUGGCCACUUGUGUUGAGCAUCUGAUUCUUGUGGCCAUAUUUUACAUUCCUCUCAUUGCCAUCUUUACUAUCGGGUUUUAUCUGCGACUCAUUGAUCCAGACCAGCGUGUGCUGAGCCUGUCGCUGGCCUCUUGCAUCCCCCCCUGCGUUAAUCCUAUUGUAUAUUCACUGAAAACCAAAGAGAUCAAAAUCAGAUUCCUGGCACUAGUAAGAAAAAAUAAAAUUAGCACAGACCAACAUAAGCGCCUUGGAGAGCUGUUCAAAUGA